AUGGCGCUGGACCACCGGCGCGUGCCGGGCCCCGAGGAGUCGCAGGCCCCGCUGCUGUUCGCGGUGCCCGGCCAGGCGGACCCGGGGCCGCCGGGCCGGGAGGCGGCGGCGCUGCGGCCGCUGCUGGCGCGGGCCGGGCUGCUGAGCCAGGCCGAGGGCUCGGCCUACGUGGAGCUGGGCGGCGGCACCAAGGUGCUGUGCGCCGUGCGCGGGCCGCGCGAGGGCCGAGGCCGCGGCCGGCUGCUGUGCGAGUUCCGCCGCGCGCCCUUCUCCGGCCGCGGCGCGCGCCCGCGGCCCGGCCCCGCCGCCGCCGCCCGCGAGCGCGAGCUGGGCCUGGCGCUGCAGGAGGCGCUGGCGCCGGCCGUGCGCCUGGCGCGCUACCCGCGCGCGCGCCUGGAGCUGACGGCGCUCGUGCUGCAGGACGGCGGCUCGGCGCUCGCGGCCGCGCUCUCCGCCGCCGCCCUGGCGCUGGCCGACGCGGGCGUGGAGAUGUUCGACCUGGUGGUGGGCUGCGGCCUGUGCCGCGCGCCCGGGCCCGGCGGCGCCUGGCUGCUGCUGCCCAGCGAGGCCGAGGAGCGCGCGGCCGCCGCCCGCCGCACCGUGGCCCGCAUGCCCGGCCUCAACCAGGUGGCCGGGCUGCUGGGCCGCGGGCAGGGCGGGCCGCCCGAGAGCUGGGCCCAGGCCGUGCGCCUCGGCCUGGAGGGCUGCCAGCGCCUCUACCCGGUGCUGCGCCGCAGCCUGCUGCGCAGCGCCGAGCGCCGGGCGGCCGAGGGCCCGCGGGCCGCGGGGGCCAGCGCCUGAGCCGCGGCGGCCCCCGGAACCGGCACCAACGGGUCCCCCUUCCCCAGGGAAACUGAUCCAGCCCCCGGUCCUCCAGGAUGAGCAGGGUCUGGGGCAGAGAUAAUCUGGGGGUGUGUUCCAGCAGUACCCCCCCUUUCCAGAGAUAAUCGGGGCAGGGGUGUCCCAGCAGCCCAGCACCCCCCUUUCUAGAGAUAAUCAGGGGGUGUGUCCCAGCACCCCCCUUUCCAGAGAUAAUCGGGGGGGGGGGUGUCCCAGCAGCCCAGCACCCCUCCUCCCAGAGAUAAUCGGGGAGGGGGGAGGUUUCCCAGCAACCCCCUUUCCAGAGGUAAUCUGGGGGGCGGUGUCCCAGCAGCCCAGCACCCCCCUCCCAGAGAUAAUCGGGGGGGGGUGUCCCAGCAGCCCAGCACCCCCCUUUCCAGAGGAAAUCUGGAGGGGGGUGUCCCAGCAGCCCAGCACCCCCCUUUCCAGAGGAAAUCUGGGGGCGCCAGUGGCAAAUCUGACUUGAGAUCAGUCCCUCCUCACUGCUGGGGAGCAGGGCAGCAGACCCCCCCAAAGCUAGCUGAGACCUGUCCCACUGCUGUGGGGGGGAGCAGAGCCGCAACCCCACCCUCCUGCUGCUGGACUGCUAAGGGGACCAAGUGACUGAUCCACGGAGCAGCGGCACCUCCAAAGGAAAAGUCCCACUGGGAUCCAGCAAGGGGGCAGUGUGACCGGAGCCCCAGGCUGCUGCUGGGGCCGCUCCACUCAGCAAGGAAAAGUGAGCCGAAUUGGGGCCUGUCUACCAAGGGGAGCGCAUCAGAGACAUUUCCACUGGGGAUCGAGCAGCCCCCAUGCCCUGAGGAAUAUUCUGCACCAGCAUGAUGGCAAAAUUGUGGACAUUUCAAUCGAAAUUGGGACUGAAAACAGGAGGCGGACUCUGGAGAUUGAACAUAUGGAGGGAUUUUUUUUUCUUUUCUUCUCAACUCCAGUACUGAGGGGGGUGAGCUGGAGACUUCUUGUAGAAGAGACUUUACAGAUGGGAGUUAACACUGCAGAAGUUAUAGAAACUGUGGCAAACCUUAGGGCAAGUCCCCCAUACCCAGUGACACACUGUGCCCAUGGCAGCUAUCAUCCACCAUACUCUUAAGUGUUUUUUUUAAGUAUCAUAGAAAUGGUUUUUGUACUUUAUGGUUAAUACAAUUCAGCACAUGCCACUGAGAUAUGAACUGGCUUCUGCAGGUUGUUGGUUCAUUUCAUUGAUAUUUUGGUGUGUAGGAAUGUAUGUAGUGUGUGCGCCAGAAAAAAACUGCCCCUCCUGCCUUAGAUUUUUAAAAGGUUUCUGUUGACUCCUAACUGAUUGCUAGGAUAUGGCAAGAAAUACUGCUGGUCAGCAGACAUCUGUUUUAUUGGAUGGUUUGAAAUGUUUUUCUAUGAUUUUUUGUGACAUUUGUUGAUUAUAUCUUAACUCUUCCCCUGAAAAUCAAGACUGCAUUUUUCAUGGUGUUCAUUUCACUUUCCCUAAAAAUGGAGGGACCCAUGCUAGUGUAGGCUAGUGUGAUUAUUUUGGUUUGAUCUGGCCCUUUCUUGUUACCUCUCUGGUUGCAACUCUGAUCAGUAGGGGUUCUUUACUGUCUGUCAAUGGCACCUCUGCAAAUUAAGCAAUUAACUCAAAUUCUCCAUACAGUGGACAUGUACUAAUGCAGUUUUUUUCUUUCUGUGGGCUUCGUUACACUUGCAUUCUUUUCAUGUUGCACGCAAAACAUUGUUAAUUGCCCACAGUAGGAAGAACUGGUAAUGAGAUCCUUCAUGCCGAAUGUGCUGUAAUAGUGUAACUCACCCAACCCUUGGAUUGUAUUGAUUUGGGGGAUGUGUUCCAGACAGAAGUGAUGAUGAAAGGGUUUGGUUGUAAUGCUUUGUUUCUAAAAUGUGUUCAACAGUCAGAAACCACUUCCCAGUAAAAUCCAGUGCAUAUAUAAGACCUAUCUGUAAUUCACCACCAAAGAUAAUUGAUUAGAUGGGAAACAUUUGUAUAUGAUAAUAAAUCUUCUUACUGUGAAGUUCACCUUUUCCUGGC